GAGUUUUUGCGCGCGCGCGUAUUUUUUAUUUUUAGCUUUGUUUUGUUGUCGCCUUAAAAUUAGUAAAUUAUUUGUUUUGAAAUAAAUUUGUUGGUGUUGUUGUAGACAAUGCGUAUACGUAGUAUUAAAUAUGCCACAAGCGUGCUCGGCUGCAGGAUGAGCAACAUCAGCAACAUUGGCAAUAUUGGCAACAGCAACAAUAAAAAAAACAGCAACAAUGACGGCGGCGGAGGUGUUGCCACUGCAGGAGGUGAAGGAGGAGUUGCAGGCGGAGGCGGAGGCGGCGGCAGCAAUGUUGCUGGUCCAUCACCAACAACACCAACAGCUGUCGGAGUUGGCGGUGUCUCCGGCUCAAGUCGACGUCUCGUGCAUUUGACAGGCGGCAACAACAGCGGCAAUCGUGGAGCAGCCAUGGGCAAUGUUGUUGGCUGGCUGAAGCAGGCUUCCAUUGAGGUGCGAGACGCAGGAACUCGCACACUGUCCAUGCUCCAGAGCACAAAUCCAAAUUUCCGUUCAUUGGACUUGUCGUUGACACCGACAGUGUCUGUUUCUGCAUCGUCGGCAAGUGUGCCGACCACAAUAAGUGCCGAGGGCUCAUUAAGUGGUUCGACAAUCUCCGCUGGCUGCAUUGGCAUUGCCCAGGACGAGGAGACCUGCGAUACCAAAUUGCUGACACGGACACGGGCCUACGCAUCCGUCAGCCAGCCGCAAAGUCCGCGUCAUCGUGUGCGUGGCACACUCAACGGUCUAACAGGACGCUCCACAUCGAUAUCAUCGCAGCUGGAGAAGACUAAGAAGCUGCUCAAAAUGACGGAGGGCGAGGAUAAACCAUUAACCAUCUUGCACUACAACGAUGUCUACAACAUUGAGUCUAUGGCCGAAACGGAGCCAAUUGGAGGCGCCGCACGCUUUGCCACAGCCAUCAAAAGCUAUGCACACUUGAAUCCUCUGGUUCUAUUCAGCGGUGAUGCCUUCUCGCCCAGCAUGUUGAGCACCUUUACACAGGGUGAACAGAUGAUUCCUGUACUCAAUCAAGUGGGCACACACUGUGCCGUCUUUGGAAAUCACGAUUUUGAUCACGGGUUGGAUGUGCUUGUCAAGCUAAUCAAACAAACAGAAUUCCCCUGGCUGAUGUCCAAUGUGGUGGACAACGAAACUGGGCGUCCGCUGGGCGGUGGCAAAAUUUCCCAUUUCAUAUUGCACAAUCAAAUCUCGAUCGGUCUUAUUGGACUUGUGGAACGGGAGUGGCUGGAAACAUUGCCCACCAUUGAUCCCACCGAAGUAACCUACAUCGAUUAUGUUGAAGCUGGCAAUCGACUUGCUCGUGAGCUGCGAAACGAGGGUUGUGAUCUGAUCAUUGCACUGACCCACAUGCGGACACCCAACGAUAUUAAUCUUGCCGAGAAAUGCAAUGGCAUUGACAUCAUCCUGGGAGGUCACGAUCAUGUUCGUGAGGUCACCGAAAUUAAUGGCAAAAUGAUUGUGAAGUCUGGCACAGACUUUCAGCAAUUUUCAGUCAUAACCAUCGAGCGACAACCCAACAAUCGUACACAGUUCACAACAGAUGUCCGGUGUGUGGAUGUUACGGCCAAAAUACCCGAGGAUCCGCUAUUAAAACAGGAACUAUCCAAAUAUGCCAAGUUCAUUGAGAGCAAAUUAUCGGAUGUUAUGGGAGUAUUCAGCGUGGAGUUGGAUGGACGCUUCUCUCGUGUUCGCACCCAGGAAACAAAUCUAGGCAAUUGGGUGUGUGAUGUCGUCCUGGCGGCAGUUGGCGCCGAUGUAGUUAUCCUCAAUGGUGGCACCUUUCGUUCUGAUCGCAUACAUCCCGUGGGACCCUUUACAAUGGGUGAUUUGGUUAAUGUAAUACCCAUGAGGGAUCCAUUGAUCUUGCUGGAAGUUAAGGGACAUGUGCUGUGGCAGGCGUUGGAAAAUGGUGUGUCUGCCUAUCCGAAGCUGGAGGGUCGCUUUCCUCAGGUGGCCGGCAUAAGCUUUGCCUUUGAUCCACAAGGUGCGCCCGGGAAACGCAUCGAUCCGCAGCUGAUGCAGGUCGGUGAUGAGUAUCUAAAUCUUGAUCAGACCUACAAGUUGUGCGUCAAGAGCUACAUCUUUAUGGGGUGCGAUGGUUAUACCAUGUUCAAAGAUGCCAAAGUGCUGAUGGAUGACGAUGCCUGUCCAGAGCUGGGCAUAACGCUGCAGAAUCACUUCAAGGCGAUCUUAUCAAGGAAAUGCGGACAGAAUACCAAGCAUCGUCAAUCCCUGGUGACGCUCUCCCGCAGACAUAGUCUGGUGCAGUGCUUGGAUAACCUGGAUCUAGAUGGACCAUCGCCCAUACGCAAACUAUCGGUGGGUCAUCAUAACAAGUCCAUGGAUCUAACGCAUGGCAAUUCGCAAAAGAUGUUGAGGCGUGCUUCCUUGGAUGAUUUGGAGCAGUCGACCUGCGAUUUGGCGCCACAGCUGCAGCAUCGCAUUGUUAUGAUACAGAAUGAGGAGCAUUAUAGACAAUUGGUGCUUAAAAAGAAAACGCACAUAACGAAUUCAACUAUAACCGAGGCGGAGGACGAUUACAAAAUUACGAAUUGUAGGGAAGUUACUGAUUCGGAAAAACAUGUAUGAGUUAAGGAAAGAUAAAUGGUAGUACAAGUUAAGUUAUGGAACUCGAUGGAAGUCGUUCUUCUUGCUUAUAUAUAUAUAUAUAUUAUAGAUAAAUUACGAUAUGUUAUUUAUUACUGUUGUA